AAAAGGUAUUCUUGGCACUGGCUCCUCACACAAUCAGCCUUCCAAGGAAAAAGUCACCUGGUGUCUGUGAUCAAGGUUGAAAUCACACAAAAAUGUCUUGCCAACAAAGUCAACAGCAGUGCCAGACCCCUAAGUGCCCUCCUAAGUGUCCUCCCAAGUGCCAGACUCCUAAGUGCCCACCCAAGUGCCCACCAAAGUGUCCCCCCAAAUGUCCUCCCAAGGCUCCAUGUCCUCCUCCAGUCUCUUCCUGCUGUGGUUCUAGCUCUGGAGGAUGUUGCAGUCUUGGGGGAUGCUGUGGGUCCAACUCUGGGAGAUGCUGCAGCUCUGGAGGAUGCUGCAGCUCUGGCUCUGGAGGUGGCUGCUGUCUCUUUUCCCAUCACAGGAGAUCCCACAGGAGAAGACACCAGAGAUCUGACUGCUGUGAUAGUGGUAGUGGGCGCAGCCAGCAGUCUGGUGGCUGCUGUGAAAGCUCUGGAGGGUGCUGUGGUAGCUCUGGGGGCUGCUGCUGAUCAUCUGGCUCUCUUUACAUCAAGAAACAUUGACGUGGAACCAAAAACCAAUGACUCUACCCAACCUUGCAGUUGUUCUACCUCAUCAUUUACUUUUUACCUUGCUGAGAUGGUCUUUGUGGAUUUUACUCUCCCAAAACCUUCAUUGACUCUAAUCCUUGCACUUUCCUAGCUUCAGUUUCAUUCUCUACUUCUUGUGGUCAUUGACUAUUUUCAACAAUAAAUAGACAUUUAUGAAAUUCUUUGUUUAUUCAUAAUUGUCUUCUGCAUCUUUCUGAUCUUUCUUCAUAGUUAGAUGCCUAGAAAUUCCAAUGUACUUUUAAAGAGAUAAAUUCACUGUUCUUUGUUCUCCAAAUAAAUAGCUUGUAUUGGCA